AUGAACUUGAACGAAUUUGCCGAAGCACAAAAACCCUAUAGUACUGUGCGUCCUCGGGUGAAGAAAAGAAAAAUCUCAUGCAGCAGAGGUAUAGAUCCUUUUGUAAAACUUCUGUCUGGGGAAGAGGCAAUUGAUAUGGUGAAUAAAAGAUGGCUUCUAUACCGCCAGCUUCAUUUUCAAUUUCACGCACAAGUUGACGAGAUAGUACAAAGAAUCGAGCAUGACAUGCGCCGUGAAAUUUCGCAUGUAUUAGACAAAGGGUCCAAGACCAGAUCAUCGCCUUCUUUCAAUUGCCUUUUUCUCAUGGGCUCUGACAGCACGACUAACAUAGAAUUGAUGGACGAGGAUGCUCAUACGUUGAAUGUUAUAAUAGACCUCACACCCAAAGAAUCGCCCAACGUACGAAUGAUGCUAAGGCGGUCCAUGUUCAGACUGUUGAGCGCAGCGGAGGCUUCACAAGUAGGAAAAGCCGUUGUCCAUACUAAAAGCGAAACUACCGAAGGCAUUAGUGUCAUCGAUAAUGAGCUUGACGGUGCGAACGUGGAGGUCUCUUACGACCUGUCUUUGGUGCAGAAUUUCAAGAAGGUGUUUAAAAAAAACCUCAAACUAAUAUUCAAUUUCAAAGACGUCGACUCUUUCAAUUCUCAGGUGCUAGACGAUUUCAUAAAUCUUCUAAAAUCAUCUCUCGAGCACGACUCUGUCGACAUUUGCUUAGUGCUGAAUAUCAAUACAAACCUGUCCAACAUUCAAAAAAACCUUAAGCAGUCCACAGUCCGAAUGUUAAAGAAAAACUUCACUGUUAUUGACCUCAGUCAUAAUAAGGGUUUCAAAUAUGCCAAUCAAACAUUUCAGAGUUUCUUGAAUACCGUCGAUGGAAAGUUGAAUCUGUCAUCUGACUUUGUCGGCUUCAUUCUUGAAAAGAUGGCAAAUAAUGCCACGCAUAACCUCCAGCUACUCACGAAAAUCUUAGAUUACUCCUUGAUGUCGUACUUUUUCCAAAAUCCUUUUUCAGUCUUUAUUGAUCCCACUAACGUCACGUAUUUCGAUGACAAUUACCUACCUUCACUUAUGAAGUGUCCAACAUUUAUGAACUUCGUCGACGGUAUGGUUCGAGACCAUGCACCCUCGGACGAAAUUAUAUCACUAUUGGAAAAUCGAAAGUCGAGUUUGAAAGAGUUCUUUGCUGAAUUCCUGAUCAGGGAAAAUCCAAUUAAUGGCCACUUGAAGCUUGUGGUCGAUGUGCUUGAGAAUCAAUUAGGGGUUUUCAACUACAACCUGAUUGAUCUAUACUACCAUAUGUUGACUGCCAAACUCCCCGAGUUUCUGGCGAAAUGGCCAGAGAGCAAAGAGUUUGAUGACAUUUUGAAGUUUGAGCCGGUCGAUAUAAUUUUCCAAGAGUUCUUUACGCUUGACAAUAGUAAAGAGCUAUUUUCACAGUCACUUUUUCCUUUUAUGCGCUCUAACCUCGAGGACAACCUUAUCAACUCUGAUAGGAUUCUGCCGCCAAUCGCAAAAAAGCGUCAGUACGGGGCGAAUCCCUUCGUUGAUGACUUUGAAAUGUCAAUAGACCUUCCUCUCUGCAAACUAUUCAGUUUGUACAGGGAAGCAAGCUCGCUCAUAAACUUGUACGACUUUUAUUGUGCUUUCAAAGAAACAGUUUCUAAGACAGUUCUACUGAACUAUGUGAAAAGCACAACUGAUUCUACAAACUCUACACUGAACAAGGAAGAGCGGUCCCAAGUCACAACUUUAGUAGAGAAACAAAGUGGAGAUGAAAUUGUUGAGAAGAUGAUUUUAGUUUGGUUUAUUCAGUCAGUAUCAGAGUUUCAACAAAUUGGCUUGCUGAAAGGCACUAAUAACAGCUCUUGUGAAGUUGUAGAGAAGUGUAUAUGGAGAGGAUUGUGA